UAAAACAAGAACCAAAAAAACCGUUACAUAAAGAAUAAUUAAAAAGAAAAGAAAAUGAAACACAAAGAAGAAGCAGUAGAAGAAGAACAGAAGACCAAAAACGACGUCGUACAAGCAACAGAUAAAAACAACAAAAAGAGAAAAAAGGCCAAUGAAGUUGCCAUUUUUGGCAACUACAGAAAUUAUUACGGCUAUCGAAUUGAUCAAGGUUUGGAAGAAGAUCCCAGGAUAAAGGUUAUGAGGAAAGAAUGGUUUGAAGGGAAAAAUUGUCUUGACAUUGGCUGCAAUAGUGGAUUGAUAACUAUUAAUAUCGCAAAAAAGUUUGGUUGCCGAAAAAUCCUUGGAAUUGACAUUGAUUCAGCUCGAAUUGAAGAUGCACAUUGGAACCUUAGGAAAAGUGUGAAGAUGAGUGAAUGUAAAAAGCAUCCUGUUGCUGACAAGUCAAAAGAUGCCGGAUUAAAUGGUAUAGGCAGCUCACUAAUUAAAACGACCGCUGAAAUUUCCGAGGAUUCUGUUGCUUCACAUCUGUUUGACGUAGUCUCCUUCAAGAAAGAUAAUUUUGUUCAAGGUUGGUCCACACCUGGUGAUAAGGUGUACGAUACCAUUCUUUGCCUAAGUGUUUCGAAAUGGAUCCAUUUGAACUGGGGUGACGAAGGCUUAACAACAUUGUUCGCAAAAGUUUGGCGGUUUCUUCAACCUGGUGGAGUUUUUAUUUUGGAACCUCAGCCAUGGAAAUCGUAUAUCAGUAACCGUCAAGUAUCAGAGAUAGCAUCAACUAACUUCAAGAAUUUUAAGAUUUUCCCAGAACAAUUUCAAGAGAUUCUUUUGGACAAGAUUGGAUUUAGGAAAAUCGAGAACUUGAGUUCAAGUUUGUCUGGAAGCAAAAGCGGAUUUAACCGGCCAAUAUUAGCUUUAUGGAAGUGAGUAGCUUUGGCUUUUGGGUAUCCAUUUUUGAGGUCUCUUGGAAAUCCCUGGUAGUUUUAUAUAGGAUGAAUUGUGAAUGAACAUGAUGCAGAAGUUGAUAUAAUGCAAGUCAGUUCUUCCA